CAAUGUCGGCGAGGAUGGCGGGCGACGCGGCUGCAAAGGCCGCCGCCGAGAGGAGGCUCCAGCAGCAACGGCCUUUCCUCAUCGCCGUCAGCGGCGGCACGGCCAGCGGCAAAUCCUCGGUGUGUCAGAAGAUCGUGGAGCUCCUGGGGCAGAACAAAGUGGACCAACACCAGAGGCAAGUGGUGAUCCUGAGCCAGGACAGUUUCUACCGGGUGCUGACGGUGGAACAGAAAACCAAAGUCAGUAAAGGACAAUACAACUUCGAUCAUCCAGAUGCCUUUGACAAUGAGCUGAUACUGCGGACCCUCAAGGACAUUAUCAGCGGCCGAACGGUUCAGAUUCCUGUCUACGAUUUUGUGGUUCAUUCUCGGAAGGAGGAGAUGGUGACGGUUUAUCCGGCUGAUGUGGUUCUGUUUGAGGGGAUCCUGGUUUUCUACU